AUGGCCAAGUCUCGAAACCGUGUACCAAUACAGCUGGCACUGCAGUCUGAUAUACACAUCCUUUUGGAUGGUUCAAAUGAGGAUUGUUUGGGAAAUCCCAUCCCUUCAAAGGAUUCUCAACUGAAGCUCCAAAAAAUUAAAUGCUGUUUCGAAGAAUUACAACCCGUGAACGUCCCCUCCCCGGAAAAUCCAAGCGAUGGAAUUACUUCUAAGCAUGCUAAAGGUAAAGACAAUGUAAAACUCAAAAUAGGAAGUCACUUGACCGGUACAAUGAGCGUUGAAGAGACAGUCAGAUACGGUUCUGUGACGUCCGCCGUCGAGUACCUGAAGACAUCUCAGAACCCCCGUCCGGUGUGGCCAGGUCCAACAGCCGUACAACCCGCACAGUAA